CGGAUGCGGUGUGGUUCGUGUGCGCGGCCCGGGCUCGCUGCGUUACUCGGAGGCCGAAAGGGGACGCGGUGGCAGUGGGAGGUGGCUAGAAGCAAAAUUCGGAUGAAGUCGUCAACCUAAGCUGCCAUCAUGAGCAGAAGCAAACGUGACAACAAUUUCUACAGUGUUGAAAUUGGAGACUCUACUUUCACUGUAUUGAAACGGUAUCAAAACUUAAAACCAAUAGGAUCAGGAGCACAAGGAAUAGUAUGUGCUGCUUAUGAUGCCAUCCUUGAACGAAAUGUUGCAAUCAAGAAGUUAAGCCGACCAUUUCAGAACCAAACCCAUGCUAAAAGAGCUUACAGAGAGCUUGUUCUUAUGAAGUGCGUUAAUCACAAAAAUAUAAUUGGCCUUCUGAAUGUGUUCACACCACAAAAAUCCCUGGAAGAAUUUCAAGAUGUCUACAUAGUGAUGGAGCUCAUGGAUGCAAAUCUCUGCCAAGUGAUUCAGAUGGAGCUAGACCACGAACGAAUGUCCUAUCUUCUUUAUCAAAUGCUGUGUGGUAUCAAACAUCUUCAUUCAGCUGGAAUUAUACAUAGAGAUUUAAAGCCCAGUAAUAUAGUAGUAAAGUCAGACUGCACUUUGAAGAUUCUUGACUUUGGACUGGCCAGAACCGCAGGAACUAGUUUUAUGAUGACGCCUUAUGUAGUGACUCGUUACUACAGAGCACCAGAGGUCAUCCUAGGGAUGGGAUACAAAGAAAACGUGGAUUUAUGGUCUGUGGGGUGCAUUAUGGGCGAAAUGGUUUGCCACAAAAUCCUCUUUCCAGGAAGGGACUAUAUUGAUCAAUGGAAUAAAGUCAUAGAGCAGCUAGGAACACCAUGCCCUGAAUUUAUGAAGAAAUUACAGCCUACAGUCCGAACUUAUGUGGAGAACAGACCUAAAUAUGCUGGUUAUAGUUUUGAAAAACUCUUUCCAGAUGUCCUUUUCCCAGCUGAUUCUGAGCACAAUAAGCUUAAAGCAAGUCAAGCAAGAGAUUUGUUGUCCAAAAUGCUGGUUAUAGAUGCUUCUAAAAGAAUCUCUGUCGAUGAAGCCCUACAACACCCAUACAUCAAUGUCUGGUAUGAUCCAUCAGAAGCAGAAGCUCCUCCACCAAAGAUACCAGAUAAGCAGUUGGAUGAAAGAGAGCACACAAUAGAAGAAUGGAAAGAGUUGAUAUACAAGGAAGUCAUGGACCUAGAGGAGAGAACCAAGAAUGGGGUUAUACGUGGACAACCAGCCCCUUUAGCACAGGUGCAGCAAUGAUCAAUGGCUCUCAACAUCCAUCUUCAUCGUCAUCUGUCAAUGAUGUGUCUUCAAUGUCAACAGAUCCAACAUUGGCCUCUGAUACUGACAGCAGUCUAGAAACCUCAGCUGGACCUCUGGGCUGCUGUAGAUGACUACUUGGUCUUCGGGGGGGGUGGGAGGGGGUUCCUUUUAGUCAUUUAUAGGGCACCUUUAAAAUUUGGUGGUAUUUUUGAGUGUUUUUUCAAAAAUUAUUGUAGAAUUCAUCAUAAAGUGCUGUAAUUUAAACCGUAAGUUGUUUUAAAAGCAGCCUUUUUUUUUCCUGUAAUUAACUGUAAAAUAUUAAACCUGAUAAUUUUUAUUGUGGUUUUAAAAUCUGCAUAUUUGCUUUACUAUUAUGCUGCUGAUCUUUUUUUUUACUGAAUUUGUAAGAUUUGUUUUAUCAGAGCACAUGUUAAUAUUGUGGUCAUUACCAUAUAAUGAAUUAUUUAAGAUUUUAUAGGUUUUCAAUUUUUAAAUUAGAAUUUAUUCCAGAUGUUUUGUUCAUGAUAUCCUUCAACAUUUUAUGCUUGGUCAUAUAUCCGUAUCCAGGUGGAGGGGGGAGAGAAUUCCAUAUAGCCAGCUGUAGUUUUGGGCAUGCUACUGUGGUGCUGGCAGUGCACAAAAUCCUCUUUUGUUUGACCACUUACCUGUAAUACUUCAGCAAAAGCAACAAUUAGUGAUUUUUUUUUAGAAAAAAGGUAUACAAUCCUGUGCAAAGUAACCUCAUCUGAAUGGUUUUAUGAACUUAAGAAAGCAAAGUGUAUCUUCAAAGCUGCAGAAAUACCCUAAUGAAGUAAUGUGAUAUUUUCUGCAAAGCUGUGGCAUGCCAAAUAUUAUGAUCACUAUAAAACAUGAGGAUAUUUCAUGAAUAAUACAUUGCAAUGCAAAUAAACUGUUUACUUCUA